AUGAAGACGGACUUGCAAGGGAUCACAUCAAGAGAACAUUUGGAUGAGGUCGUUGAGACGUUGAUCCCCCUAAAGGGACACGUUCGAAGGCCCCCAGUAGUGAGCGUUGAGAUGUUGGGAAGUGCUUUCCAAGGAGUCGUGCUGAGUUUCGACGGUGCCGCAAAACUCUCCACCAAGAGAGGUUGUGGCUGUGUGUUAUGGCAGUUACCCGGUUGGAAAGUUCUGAAUGCGAAAGGUUUCCUUUUAGAGAAUGUCACAGUGAACGAUUCCGUGUACCACAGACUUCUCAAAGGACUCGAGAUGGCCAUCGAAAUGCGGUUGCAAGAUUUGGUGGCAGCUGGGGACGCUCGCAUUGUUAUUCAACAGGUUGCAGGACUGAUUAACUGCAAUCAACCACAUCUCCAAAGGCAUCUUGCCAAAGUUGAUUCGGAUCGUUACGAUCUGAAGCGGAAAUACAAUCAGGCCGCCGAUUAUUUGACCACAAAGACUCUGAUUAUGGAUGAGGCCUGGGAUGUUACGGACACGACUGAGAUUGCACAUUUGGAGCACGUGUCAAAUAUCGCAGAGAAACUCGUGAAGGUGGAAGAUUCCGAGUGGAAAUCUGGAAAACGUCGAGCAGCCUACUGCGGAGUCAGUUCCAUUGACAAAAUCAGUCCGCGCGCUUGCAGCAGUAACGCGUUCCAGAAACCAAGCCGAAUCCACUUCGAGGGCCCGGCCCAUGGACCCUUUGGAAUUCGCAUCCGAGUGCAUCAGGAUACAGAUGAGUACCUGUCAGAGAUUAAAGACUUUCUGAAGGAGAAUGUCGAGACGUUUUCGCCCAGAAGACUGAGAAAGGUUGCCAAGGUUGCCGAUCUAUUCGUACUAGGCACUAGGGAUGUGUUGUAUCGACUAGCUCGCUCGACUCGCGAUCGCCCGGGUGACUUUCAGGAUGAACCCCGACUCGUCGUUCCAAAAGCACUCAGAGACGAUGUCUUACAAUAUGGUCAAGAAGAUUUCCAAGGAGGUCACCAAGGCAUCACCAGGACCCAUAAGAUGUUAUGCUCAGAAUUAUAUUGGCCUGACAUGUACGCGGAUGUAGAACACUUUGUGAAGGAAUGCGUUGAUAGGGGAAAAGGAAAACCUCCAAACGCUGGUCCAUCGCCCGGGAAUAUCGAACCCCGACAACCUUUCGAAGUGGUUUCGAUGGGCUUCGUGACGCACAUGUCGAAGUCCGACCGAGGGGAAUACGUUUUUGCUACUAUUCCAAAUUAUGUUUUCUGGGUAUGUGAUGUGCAGACCGAUGGGUUCAGCCACCGCUCAGGAUGUCGCGGAAGCUUACGAGGAACGUGUAUUCCGGAACUUUGGAGCGAGUUCAAUGAUUCGGCACGAUCCAGUUCCCCGUUUUAUGAGCGAGGUGUUUACUCGUUUUCGGGAACUCUUGAAUAG